UCUUUUCAGAGCCGGCAGCCCCUUGCUGAGUUGGUCGCAAUCAUUGUUUCUCUGCAGCAUUAACCACAUUCCUGAGGGGCGCAGCGCAUCCUGUCUCCAUCCCCGCAUUCCUUUGACGCGAACAAGUCCCCUGUGGAAAACGGCAUUUUAUUUAGAUUCUCAAACGCUUCGAGGGCUCGGACUCAAACACACGGGACAUUUAUGGCGUAUGCGAUUAUCUAACCUUACUUUGAUUUGUAGCAUAGUGACCGUAAGCGAAAACUAGAGGAAAAACCAACAAGGGGAAAUUCCUCCGCGCAGCGCGCCAUUGACUGUAAAGACCUUUCAACUUAACAAAAAACUGAAGUUGACAAACGUAUCCCCUGUCGGCUGAAACUGUGAGAAAGAGUUUGUUUUUUCGGCGGAAGGGGGGAAAAGCAGAAGAAGAAGACGAUGUGGCUCACGGUGGAGCUUUCUGAGUACGUUGGUGGUUUUCUGUAAAUGAGAGAGAGAGAGAGAGAGGAGCUGUAGCGCGGCGUUUUUUGUUUUGAUUUCCAUGUGAAAUGCAAUUAGUGCUCCGCGGUGCUCACUCUCAACUUGUUCCUCGCACAACAUGGAGCACUACCAGGAGGAUCUGGGACUCCGGGCCAGCACGUUAAUGGAGGACCUUUCCUUGUACGACGCGUAUAAAGACGGGAUGUACAACGCGAGGAGAGACUUGGUUAUAAACCCCGAUUUAGACUUUUCGGCUCCGGUAGCGGCGGAGCGUAAAAGUAAGCCGAUGAAUGGCACCUCUGUGCUCCACCAGCAGCAUCACACUGUGGAGAAUUUCACCACGGGGAAUAAAGUGUACACGGCGGCUCCCGUGCGACCUGUGAACUGCGCCCGGACAGUGCCCGUGGAUUUCUGCGCCCCUCAAAGAGACGCAGGUUACACCGAGGAGGGGGGCUGCUGCACCAAAUCCGAAGUGGCUCUACCUUGCUACACGGGCGCGUCGGAGAGGCACAGGAGGUACUCUCUGGAGGUGCAGGGCCACAGGUACAGCACCGGGUCCACCUUCGACGGGGUGCCGCUAAACAAACCGGCGGUACCUCUGCCCGGCAACAGGUGCAACAGCGUCUGCAUCACCAGCAGCAGCCAUGACGGGAGAUACAACGCCACAAGCCCCCGGUCCAGCCUGGCGUCGUCCCUGUCCUCCCAGGAGCAGAGCAAGCACGCCAGCCCGCGGUCCAGCAUCAGCAGCCCGCGCACCAGUUUGGUUGUGCCGGGUCAGGACAGGUACACAAGCCCCAGGUCUAGUUUGGUUCACUGCGAGGGCAACAGUGUCCUAAGUCCCAGAUCCAGCUAUGCAAGCACCGCAAGCGACACCAGUAAACACUCCAGCCCCCGGACCAGCCUCAACAGCUGCGACUGCUGCAGCAAGCCGAGCAGCAACCGGACCAGCGGCAUCAGCAUGGGCUACGACCAGAGGCACACAAGCCCCAGGUCCAGCACGGCCAGCCAGUACUCAUUCACCACCAGCCCGAGGUCAAGUUACUCCGACUCCAGGUACGGGGGCCCUGGGGGCAACCAUGACCUGGAGGGGGCGAUUUUGCACCCAGCGCCGAGUCCUCGUUCGAGCAUCUGCAGCCAAGAUGGUAGUAGCGCCAGACCGGGUACCUCUGCGAACUGCGUGGUCAGCCCCCGCUCCAGCAUCUCCAGUCACAGCUCCAGAAGUUCCCGCAGCUCCAGGGGGUCUAUGAGCACCUACCCGGACCUGCAGCAGCUGCCCUCGCCCAGGUCGUCGAUGCUGGGGACCGGUUUGCACGAGGACACCUUGCUACAGGAGUUCGGAGACUCCAACGGGAUCCAGAGCCGCCUCCAUCUGCAGGUGCUCUCGGCGGCGGCAGAGCCCCAGCAGCAGCAGCAGCAGUCGGCACAGACAGGAGGAGGGACUGCGGAGAUGACCGCAGCUGGGUCGCCCUUGUCGUUUAGUUAUGGGGUGUCUAAAGCGGCCACGUCAGGCCAGAGGUUCAAGAUACCUUACCAGGUGGUGACCCCCAGCAGGGAGAGCGGGCCGAGCCAAGCGGAGAGACGGCUGGAGGCCCUCACCCUGGAGCUGGAGAAGGAGUUAGAGAUGCACAUGAAAAAGGAGUACUUUGGUAUCUGUGUCAAAUGUGGGAAGGGAGUGUACGGAGCCAGCCAAGCCUGCCAGGCCAUGGGGAACCUGUAUCACACAAACUGCUUCACCUGCUGCUCCUGUGGGCGGAGGCUGCGAGGGAAAGCGUUCUACAACGUCAACGGGAAGGUUUACUGUGAGGAGGACUUUCUGUACUCCGGUUUCCAGCAGACGGCUGAGAAGUGUUUUGUGUGCGGUCACCUCAUCAUGGAGAUGAUCCUCCAGGCACUGGGGAAGUCAUACCAUCCUGGCUGUUUCCGCUGUGUGGUGUGUAAAGAGGGUCUAGAUGGUGUGCCUUUCACUGUGGACGUGGAGAACAACAUCUACUGUGUCAAAGACUAUCACACGGUUUUUGCUCCCAAGUGUGCCUCCUGUAACCAGCCCAUCCUUCCAGCCCAGGGCUCAGAAGAAACCAUCAGGGUCGUUUCUAUGGACAAGGACUACCAUGUGGAUUGUUACCACUGUGAGGACUGUGGUCUCCAGCUAAACGACGAAGAGGGACAUCGCUGCUAUCCACUGGAAGGCCACCUGCUCUGCCACGGCUGCCACAUCCACCGGCUCCAGGCGCAGGUCCCCGCCCACAUGCCCCCCAGCUACCCCCUACACGUCACAGAGCUGUGAGCAGGAGAGGAGGGUGGGCAGCAGCCGAGCCCAGCCUCUCUCAGGUGAUCUGAGACACCAGCGACAGAGGAGGAAAAAAGGUGUGGCCGUCUGAGCUGAACUAGCAGGCCGUGGACUAAUACACACUGUGCAGCUCCAUCCCGCAGGCCCUGCUGUCACAUGACAGGGCUGGGAAAAAGGCCCCCCCCCCCCACCCCUGAUCCUUCAUCUGUGGUCCUUUCCUCCCCCCUCUUCCCUUGGGGUGCCUAACCCUGAAAGCCAACACGCCGGCUCACCCAGAGGCCCCUGGUGACGUCACAUCGUCCUGACCCCCACACAUUCAUCAAAGAGAGAGGGGGGGGUUUUUUGGAUCUGAAGACAGAACCGCAAACUCGUCUCUCUCUCUCUCUUUGCUCCUCUCUCUUCCUUUUCCUUGUUUCCCCAUUCCUGUGCUCCGACUGAAGCGGUCAAACCGUCUGAGAUCUCUGCUGAUGUUGACGUCAGGAAGGCCAAGGGAACGAGCCUCUCUACAUUCCAGUGCUGGCUGGACCGGACGGACCCCAGGGUGGGCAUUGCUGUGCCUUCAGAGCGGGCUCUCUCCUUGCAGGUCCCUAACACUGAAAUGGAGUUUUGCAUUAAAGGUUAUGCAAAGGACACCCAGCAACACGACCCCAGGGCUGUGAGAGAAACUAUUAACUGCACCACCCCGAUAAAACUGAUGCACCGUAGCAGCACGAGCCGAGAGGACCGACUGACAUUCCACUUAGGAGUCUUAGAGCAGACCUCGAGAGAUUCACAAGAAGUGUCUUAAUGAUGAUUAUACUAUGACAGAAAAAGGAAAAUUUUAGAUGCACAUAGAUUGUCUUUUAUAUAUGAAUAUAUAUUUUGCAGAUGUUUUCCACAUAAGAUCAUAGAUGUAGAUUUUUUUGUUUGUCUUGCAGUAGAUUCAGAGAUGAAGGAUGCUGUCUGUCAGCAGUCUGAAGCUUCUGAAGAUUUUUGGGUCUGUUGUAUCAUUUCUCCUCCAGGACGCAAAGCCCCCGCCCCCCCAUGCCUGUCAGUGUGUCGCGCCCAUCCACAGGCGGUGUAGGAGCAGACCUGGCUCAAAAGCAUUUUGCCAUCAAUUGUUUCAUUUUUUUCUUGACAACCAAAGGCUUAACGCUUCAAUCAAAUAAGUCCCUAAUAGAGAUAAUAUCCCCUCUCUCUGCAGACUGAAGACAGCUUUAACAAACACUUCUAGUCAGGCACUUCUGGAUACCUUAAAUCCACCAUGUUAGGGUGCAGAGAGUGUUUAGUAAACACAAAUAACAGAAAAGAAAAAGUGGAUUCAAAAAGGGCUUCAAGCAUCCAGUAAAGUGUAUCAGACAACCAAUCUGAGCCGGCUCACUUCUCCAGCACAUCGAUUUGAAAUGAAGCACUAGUUAAACGUCUACAGUACAUAACGCCUGGAUCUUUAACAGCGAGGUAUAUAAAUGUAGCAUUACAUUGACGUUGCUUUUUUUUCCACGUCUGAGCUUCUGUCCAGGGCGCCCGAUAGUGUGCCAAGUUAUCACGCAGAGCUCAAAGAUUAAGAUUUAAGCUUAAUCUGAAAAUCUGAGAGUUUAGCUAGCUAGAAAUUGGUCUUUAAAUACAAAGAUUAAGGCUGAGCACAGAAAGAGCUGCAACGGUCAUGGAAACCAAGUGUCAGCUUAUGUCAGAGACAGGAAAUGCACACAGUUACAUAGAAAGAUAUCGACCAGAAGGAAGUACUGUCGAGCUCUUUGCUUUAGACAACUACUACUGCCACUUGAAAAAGAUGAAGCGACAUACAUGUUUGUUUAAUAAAUCAAAGUAUUAGUCAUUUCCCCUUAAAAUCUCUGAACGUGUCUUCUGGCCUGCCUGGUGGUCAAAAAGGAAUCAAACUAAUUGAAGGAUCAUUUGCAGAUAUCUUUUGCUCCAGGUCUGUUCAGGACGCGGGUUUCCUGUUUUUUAAUGGACCCUGUUUUUUUUUGUCUUUGUUAUAAAAGCACUAAAAGAACAGCGUGUCGAUACGAGGAAACCUCCACAUGUCCGCACGCCGUCAGACAGAACAAGUGUGUUUGUGUGUCUCGCUCUGGUUUACCAUGCAGUCCCCCCCCGUUGCAUGUUGAGAAGACGUCCCUGAAAACCUGGAGCUGCUGGUCCCGCCCACGUUUUUAAGGGAGUCCCUACAUAUUCCCCUGUGUGUGUGUGUGUGUGUGAGUGUUUGUGUGUGUCUGUGUGUAAAUUCAGUAUGCAAAACAAUAACUUAAGUCUGAAACACUUGAAACUGUGAGCUAUGGCGCUGCAGGAAAAAACUAGUCUCAAGCCUCCAAAUUUUUCAAAUGUUCUGAUUGGCUCUGAAUACAUCAUUCCUCUUCAUGAAGAUAAUAUAUGUAGAUGAGAAACAGGUCUCCGGAGAAAGAGAUAUUGUGGAGUUUUUUUUUUUUUUUAAUUAUUUAAAAAAAAAAAGUCUGCCUCAAUCUCGCACAGUGCAAAAAAUGUGAGCUGCUGCACAUUGAAUACAGAAAAUCCCCAACUACAUGUGCUUUUGUCCAAUCCAGGUAAAGUGUGUUAAUGUCUUGAGUGCAUGUGUGUAUCAGUGUGUCGUGUGUGUGUGUGUGUGUGUGUGUGUGUGUGUGUGUGUGUGUGUGUGUGUGUGUGUGUGUGUGUGUGUGUGUGUGUGUGUGUGUGCUCGUGGCAGGGCCAUGGCACAUGCACCUCACCCCCAGUGCAGGAUCCAGAAGAACAGCCCCCUGCUCUCUCUCUCUGUUAUUACCCCGGAUCAUCACAUCUCUUAUCUCCAGACGUUUGUGUGUAAUUGGGGGGUGUGUUUGUUUGAACAUCUGUCUGAUACCACAUUGAUGGAGUUUAGAAAAAACAAUGUAGUAGCUGAUGAUUCAUCCUCUUGACUGUAACUAAACCUGACCCAUCUGGUCUCUUCACUCACUGUUAUGUAAACACUGGUCCAGCUCUUCUUCAUACUGUAUCGGUGCAUAUGCAGGUAACAAUAAAUACUACUGAAAGUGUGAAAAACUGAAACAGAGACUGAAGACAGGGGGUCACCACAGGCUGAGGGGUCUUUCUAUUUGAAUGUAAUAAUGAUGAGUUUGUUCUCCGGGUUGUAAAUUUGUAAAAGCAGGACAGAAAAAGGACUGCACAUGUGAGACAUUCCCCUUGUCAUUUGAUCACCUCGGCUUUGUACGGGGGCUCUGGUUAAAUACUGUGUGCCAUACUUGAAGAAUGAGGCAUUGUUUUUGAAAUAAUAUGACCCCCCCCCCCCCCCCCCCCCCCCCCCAGGAAAAACUUAACCAGAUAAGAGUGUAUCCCAUUUAAAGAUGUCUUAAUACACCUGUUUUCUAAAAGUACUACUUCCGUGUCUAUUGCAUAGCACACAGCUAGUUACCCUGUACAUAAAGAUGCUAGUUUUGAUUUUUCUGUCAAAUAUCACUUUUUGAAAGGGAAGCCUUCUUCUCCUACUGGUAGUUCCAACAAGCACAUCUCGACAUCUGUCUCGCAUCUUUUGUAUCGUUACGUGUUUUGAUUACCUAGAUGGUUCAUAAAAAAAAAAAAAAAAAGGAAACUAGAUCUAUUUAUCUAAACAUGAAAAAAGUUUAAAGUUAUUUAAUGUAUAAAAAUCGGGACGUAUCAUUUAACUGUAGAUGACAUAAUCUGCUUUUUCAAUAAAGUGGUUUUGUAGCUAACUGCAAAAGAA